GCGCUCCUCGACCGCGACAUCACGCGCGUGCUCACGACGAUCCUCGUCGCGACGACGUGCUGCAACAUCGCCUCGACGGCGCUCUUCGCGGACAUGGCCGUGUCCGUCUGCGGCGGCAGCGCGCGGAAGCUCGCGUACGCGACGGCGAUGCUCACCGCGGGCACGCUGUUCUUCGGCGAACUCCUGCCCAAGGCCAUCGGCGUCAACAACGCGGAGCGCACGGCGCGGCUGCUCGCGCCGCCCAUCAACAUCAUGACGAAGAUUCUCGGGCCCGUCGCCAUCGGCUUCGCGGGCCUGUCGAAGAAGACGCUCAAGUUCGUCGGCCUCAUCAAGAACGAGGGCAGCGCCGAGGCCGUGAGCGAGGAGGAGCUGCGUUUAAUCAUCGGCGGCGCGAGCGAGAGCGGCGGCAUCGAGACCAACGAGGGCGAGAUGAUCGAGGGCGUGCUGGAUUUGCAGGACACGCGCGUCGCGGAGAUCAUGCAGCCGCGCGUCAACGUCAAGGCUUUGGAGCGGAACGCGACGAUGCUCGAGCUGCUGCGGCUCGUCAACGCCACGGGCCACAGCCGCGUGCCCGUCUACGACGACGAGAUCGACAAGAUCGUCGGCGUCGUCAACGCGAAGAAGCUGCUCAAGUUCAUGGUGAAGAAGGACGCGGACGCGCAGCCCAUCGACGACGUCCUCGUGGCCGAGUUCGUCGAGGAGACCUACUUCGUGCCCGAGACCAUGCUCGCCUGGAAGGUGCUCGAGGAGAUGCGGCGGCGCCGGCUCCACAUGGCCAUCGUCGUCGACGAGUACGGCGGCACGGCGGGCAUGGUGACGCUGGAGGACAUCCUCGAGGUCGUCGUCGGCGAGAUCUACGACGAGGACGACACGGAGGAGCGCGAUUUGUCGGAAUACGUGACGCUGCGGGCCGACAACCGCACCUACGACAUCCGCGGCGACGCGGCGCUCGACGAUUUGGUCGAGGUCCUCGUCCUCCGCGACGACGACGGCGCGGAGCUCGACGCGGACGCCUUCCCGGACGUGACCACGGCGGCGGGCUGGCUCUGCUUCCACGCGGGCGAGAUCCCCGGCGAGGGCGACCACAUCAUCGUCAACAACUACGACUUCACGGUCACGGACGCCGACGAGCGCCGCGUGCUCCGCGUCACCGCCGUCUGCCUCGACAGCGAGGGCGCGCUCGAC